GUUAAAUUAAACAGUAUUGUAUCUGUAUUAAUUAUUAACAUUAAUUGUAUGUGGAAAUAACGGAUCAUAAUGGAUAGAGAAGAAAUUUGUCAGUACUUCAAUAGUAUUAUCAAAAAUGAGAAGGAUGUUUCUGCUGGUAUGGCUGCCAUUCGUACCUUAUUAAAUGUAUUGAAAUACUCAAAAUCAGAGACAGUUCAGGAACUUCGGAUUUGCCUUCAACAUGCAAUUGAUGCUAUGCGCUCCACAGAAACUCCAGCUACCGCAAUUGCCUCUGGAAGUGAAUUAUUUCUUCGUUUUAUCACAUUAGCAACAUUGGAUACACCCUCAAUUGCAGAAUGUAAAGGGAUCAUGUUGGAAAGAGGCAAAGUAUUCUACGAGAAAUUAGUUGCAGCGCGAGGAAAAGUAGCUAAAGUAGCAGCGAACUUUAUUACCGAUGGCUCAAUUAUACUCACGCAUUCUAAAUCAAGAGUAGUGCUGCAAGCAAUGAAGGAAGCUGCUGCGAAUAAUAAAAUAUUCGAAGUAUACGUCACGUCAUCGUCGCCUGACAAUAGCGGAGAGGAGAUGUGCCAGAGCUUAACAAAAUUAGGAAUAUCAUGUACAGUGAUACUGGAUUCUGCAGUAGGAUAUGUAAUGGAACAAGUGGAUAUGGUGAUGGUUGGAGCAGAAGGUGUUGCAGAAAGUGGUGGUGUAAUCAACAAGAUAGGUACAUAUACAAUGGCUAUGUGUGCAAAAGAAGUGAAGAAAUCAUUUUAUGUUCUGACAGAAAGUUUCAAAUUUUCAAGGAUUUAUCCUUUGAAUCAAAUAGAUUUACCUAACGAAUUUAAGUACACAUCUAGUACCUUACAUAAAAAUCUGAAGAAAGAACAUCCCCUAGUAGAUUAUACUCCGCCUCAUUACAUCAGCCUAUUGUUCACAGAUUUAGGAAUUUUAACACCAUCGGCUGUCAGUGACGAACUCAUUAAAUUAUAUUUGUAAUGUAGAGAAAUAACAAACCAAGUGAGUUUUCUAAAAGUUUUAAGUAUUAAAAUAUAAGAACAAUCACACAUGUAAUUGUUUAGGAAAGAAUUUCAUCCGCCUGAAAAAUGUAAAGAUUAAGAUAAAAUGUAAAAACAUCUAUUGUACUUUUAUAAAAGACUAAUAUACAUAAUCUUUAUUAAUUUAUUAUACAAUAUUAUUGAGUAUUUAUAUACGGAAACAAGAUAAAUGUCUUUCAUUUAAUUGCACGUAAAAGAUAACAAGUGAUAAAUUACGUCUAUAUGUAAUCUAACUAUACAUAUAAAGACUGCUUGUAAUUGCGUGCAAUGUAUAACAUUGGUGUUAAACGAAAUUGUGAAAAACAGAAAAUCUAAAUUACAAGAAUCUUGAAUUAUUAACUUUGGAAGAACGUUAAAUGUUAUAACCAUUUAAAUUUUAUACACUUAUACUACAAAUGGAUACAUGCAUUUACAUUUCAUCUGGAUUAUAUAUUGCACAGUAAUUUAUGAAUAUAAAAAUUAUCAUCAGAGAGACAAGAGAAAAGUUCUCUAUAAUUAGGAUACUAUAAAAUUCUUAAUUCUAAUUUCUUUUCUCUUCGCAAUAUAUGGCUUCUAUAUAAGACUUAAAGCAUUCUUUGAAAACUUUAAGUCACCAAUAUAAUCUUUUCGUAAUAAUUCACAUGUUCCAUUUCAAUGAGAUUCCACGCUAUAAAUCACUAACACAUGAACAAAUACACAAUAGAAUAACAUAAGUAUAUCGUUUUUUAUAUAUGAAAUCUCAUAUUGAAAAUUAUAGGAAACUUGUGUAGAAUCAUCAUUGCAUAUAUACAAAAUCUCUGAUAUUUCAUUGUGCGAUUUUC